UAAACGAUCUUUGAAAAUUGUGUGACGUCAAAGUUUACGGUUUGACACAACUACAAACACGUAGAAGAUACGAACUGUCAACUGACAUUUGUCAUUUGUUGUUUAUCGCCUAUCAACAGUGUCAAUCCGAGAGUUGUGACGUCAUCAGAAUCUUCAAUGACGUUUCCAGUUUGGUCACGUGACGUGUGCCAAAAGAUAUUUUAAAUUCAAUAUUUACAAAAAUAUGGUCAUUACAGGUCCCCUAAAAGUAGUUUAACAUGUUCUUAUAAUCCAAAAGAAUUUAUUGGGAUACAAUUCUGCCCUAAGAUUUGUAGAUGGAAACAACCCUAUUCCUCUUCACGCUUAAACCUAGUUAAAAUUUGUUAUAGAGAUAGUUUUGAGUCCCGGGGAAGACCAUAGCACAGUUUUUAUCCCAAAAAUCACCUCUUAAAGUGACAAUUACAUCGACACUAUCAGGCUCGAGCAAGAGCAUUUUUCCGUUUCACCAAAUACCAGCAAAUAUUUGAAGCGAAAAAAAAUGGUUCAUAUGCCAAAAAAAUUAAGUAGUUAGAGACAAUUUGCAAAGUAUUUUUUACAUUUCAAAUAUUGUUAACGAUGUGUUGAUAUAACGUAGUGAUUAUAUGCUCUUUGUGCUGAUAUUGCGUGGAACGGAAAACGAUUAUUAGGCCCGACAUCGGGACUGAUAUCGGGAAGUGUGGAUGUAAUUGGCGCUUAAGGGUGUGAAAAGGGAGAUGGAAGUUUCUAUGGGGAACUCUUAAGUCAAUUAAAAAAAAAGCAAAUGUUAAAUUAGAAGAAAACGUCAAAGAGCAUAUAAUCACUGAAAACGUAAAUUAUAUUAUUAGCGAAACUAAUUACCAAAAUAAACACAAAAUGUUAACAAGAGUACAGUAACUAAUUGUGAUAUACAAAGGUAUAAUUAGUUUUCUUAAAGACUCAAGUGUGAUAUGCAAAUAAUGGGGGAAAUGGCAGAAAAUAUGACUGAGAAAGAAGUGCUUAACGAUUUCAAAGAGAGCUAUUAUAAAGUAAGGAAGCUACUCGACGAGGAGAGCAAAAAUGACCCGGAAACGGAGCCGUAUCUAUCGAAAUAUAAAGCAAAAGAGUUAUUGUUGACCAUGCGCGAAUCUCUUACCAAAAUAAUAGGCUCCCAGACCGAUUUGGACAGGGUAAAGCUGGAUGCGAUGAUGGGAACAGUUCUCUUAAACAUAGGCAUCAUUAACAUGGACACGGAAGAAUUGACGGCCAGCGAAAAAGUUCUUACAGAAGCAGUGAAUCUGCUUUCCGAAAAUUCGUUAAAACCAGAGGUCAUAACGACUGUGCUUAAUAUUUACAAUAAUUUAGGCAUUCUAUGGUCAAGUCGAGAUAAUCCGGAAACAGCUAAAGUAUUUUUACUUAAAGCCAAAGAACUGUAUGAAUCUUUCAAAUGUACUUUACAAAUGCCUUUGCCUAUUGAACAAAUGCUUGCGAACUUUGAGGAGACUCCUGUAUCGGAUUUCAUGCUACUGGAGAAAGCAUAUACAUUGACUCUGUACUACUUGGCACAGGUAUAUGGUACAUUGAAAGAGAAUUUGAAGUCAGGUGUGUACUGUCAUUCAACUCUGCGCAGGCAGUUGCAGUACUCAGACUAUGAGCCUAUAGAUUGGGCUUUAAAUUCUGCCACACUGUCUCAGUUCUUUGCUGAGCAGAAUGGUUUUUACCAGUCAAGACAUCACUUAGCAGCAGCUUCUACCAUCCUUGAGAAGUAUGAGAAGAAAAUGAUGGAGUCCGCCAGUAAUGAUGAUGCAUUUUUAGCUAAAGUGGAAACAUUCAAACACAGAUCAGCCGAUGUGGCUCGGUGCUGGGUAAAGUAUUGCCUGCUGCUUAUGACUGCUUCAAAGGCUAGGUUGAUGACGGACAGUGAAAUGAGUGCUGAUGCAGUAACUGACAUGUCUAAUUUGAAACUUGAAGAUGAAGGAAAUAUCUGUGAUGGAGACAUUAAAAACCUAAUAUUUCCUGAUCUGGAUGUGUCUGUGUAUGAAAAGAAAAUUACAGAUAAGUUCCUACUCACUUACCAAGAUGCCAGGGAAGUGUUUCUAAGUUGCCAGAGCUGGUUAAAUAAAGCUAAAGAAUACUACAAAUUGGAUACUUUAGCAUCAGAUUACAUAGAGCUUGUUCAGGACAGUUCUCAAGCUUAUUCUUACCUGGCAUUUUUUGAAGAGGAUGAUGAAAGGCGCGCCAAAAUGCAUAAGCGGCGUAUAGACAUGCUGGAAGAACUGAUAAAAGAAAUCAACCCUACAUACUAUCUACAGUACUGUCGACAACUGUGGUAUGAACUUGGUGAAGUCUACACAGAUAUACUCAAUAUAAAAUUGGAAAAGUUAAAUAAUUCAAAUGAGAGACCUACCGCACAUGCAUUGAAGAAAAUUAAUGCACUAUGUGAAAAGAGUAUUGAAAUGUAUGAUAACUUUAUCAACUCAGUGAAGGAUAAAAACAGUAAAAUGCCACUUAAAUUAGAUAGUGAUCAUGUACGGCCUGUAAUAAGUGCAUAUGCAUUUAUAGGUAGAAAUAGUAUGAAGAGAAUUGCUCUAGAUAAGAACACUCAACUAGAGAAUGCUCAGAAGAGUUUUGACUCAUACCAGGCUGUUGUGGACAUCUGUACUAAUGACCCUGAUGCAGCUUCAAUGAUGCAAGAAGAAUACAGUUUGUGUAAGGAGAUGGUGCAGAUUUUGCCCAUAAAGAUUAAAAAGUUACAAAUGGAGCAGCUUGUAUAACAGGCAUUAUAUUGUUAGUAUGUUAUUCAACUAUUAUAGCUUUGCUUGUUUAGACACAUACAAUAGUAAUUGGUUUCACAAAUAGCAAAAUUCUUGUUUACCACUCAUGCUGAUAUUGAGGCCCAGCACAAGAGAAUCUUGCGCAUUGCUGAGUUUUAAGGCAUGUAAGGUGAACAAACUUUGCUGCCAAGUGAAGCAUACAAUUUUCUUAACAGCUUUGCAAGGAAAAUACUAGCUGAACAACAAUAAAUCACAAAUUCAAUCAUAUAUUUUUUCUAUUAUAUUUUUAAAAUUCAAAAUCAUCUUACGAAACAACUCAUAAUUUACAUGUAAUUACUUUGCACACAUAUCGAAACAUAAAUAGGGCUUUUACGAGCGGGUGUUGUGAAGUAGUUACAGUCUAUAUAUUCAACUCGCAAAAUAUGGCUAAGGGUUGAAAAGGCUAUAUGGAGUGUAAUGUAUACAGUAACAUGAGUUAACUUUGGAGAGAAAUUUAUUCAACAUUUUAUGCUUAUUUACAUGCAAGUCUUGGACUCCAAUCUAUUUUGUGUAUUUGUUUACCUAUUGGUAAUUCUAUAUAAACACUAUUUGCACUAUUUUACAGGAUUGUGUAUACCUUAUAUGUUUGUAAUAAAGCAAACUUUAAAUGUGUCAUUUCCAAGCAAAAAGUCCUACUUUGUUGUAUGCCAUAAGGACGCUUUGACUUUGACAGAUUAUUCAUAUAAGGAUACAAGCAAAUCUCGUCCUUAUGGUAAGCGACAUAGUGGGACCUUUGACUAAACUUCGACACAAAUUGUUUUGACGAUUUGAAUAAUAAUCAUGAUUACACACUUAUUUUUUUGUUUUUGAUGUUUCUAUUUUUAUGUAUUAAAUUAAGAUGUUUUUCGUUCGCCAAUGCUUACUGAAAUGAUGUGUAAGUUGAUCAAAAAUAAACUACAAUAAAUGGUA